UCUCUUUCUCUCUCCCUCUCUCGCGCUGUCCCUCAUUCAUUCACUCGCCCUUCUUUUUGCCAUUGUGCCAGCCCAAUUUAAAUGUAUCUGUUCCGUAUCUGUUCAAGUGGAGAUAAUCCAUGCAAAUCAGGAGCAGUGGCUUUCCACGCUCGGUUCACAGAGGACUCAGCUUGAGGAGGUCACUCGUUCACAGCCGCUCCUCCCAUUAUAUUUUUCCCUUAUUGCAGAACUGCUGUAUGUAUACAGUGACUGAAAGGACUCAAUUUACUGCAACUGCUGCCUGCCUUUACUUACAACUUUUUUUAUAAAGGAACUUACCUCCAUCUGUCUUUUCAAGGUCCAGACCACUUACUCUAAAUCACAUGACUCGGAAGACUAUGGAGCCGGCUUAGAUUCUGAAGAGCCUGAUGUUUCCAACGGACAUUCAUUCUCAUUUCUCUGAUGAAGACCUGCGGCUGCCCCUCAGGCUUCAUAAACUAUUAUCAAGACAGAGCCAAGGAGAAAAUCGGUGUUUAUGGCACAAUGAUAAAUUUCACCUUUCCCCAAAUGAUAUGAGGAUCAAUGAUGCAGACUGCUGGGCUCGAUGAAGCUGGGCAUUUAUAACUAGAUUCAUUAAGGAAUACAAAGAAAAUAUUUAAAGGGAUCAAUAAUGGUGUCUUCUGGUUGCAGAAUGCGAAGUCUGUGGUUUAUCAUUAUAAUCAGCUUCUUAUCGAAUACAGAAGGUUUCAGCAGAGCAGCUUUACCGUUUGGCUUAGUUAGACGAGAAUUAUCCUGUGAAGGUUAUUCUAUAGAUCUUCGAUGUCCAGGCAGUGAUGUCAUCAUGAUCGAAAGCGCUAACUACGGUCGGACAGAUGACAAGAUUUGUGAUGCUGAUCCCUUUCAGAUGGAGAAUACAGACUGCUACCUCCCAGAUGCCUUCAAAAUCAUGACUCAAAGGUGCAACAAUCGAACACAGUGUAUAGUAGUUACUGGAUCAGAUGUGUUUCCUGAUCCAUGUCCUGGAACAUACAAAUACCUUGAAGUCCAGUAUGAGUGUGUCCCUUACAUUUUUGUCUGCCCUGGGACCUUGAAAGCAAUUGUGGACUCACCAUGUAUCUAUGAAGCUGAACAAAAGGCAGGUGCUUGGUGCAAGGACCCUCUUCAGGCUGCAGACAAAAUUUAUUUCAUGCCCUGGACGCCAUAUCGCACUGAUACUUUAAUAGAAUAUGCUUCUUUAGAAGAUUUUCAAAACAGCCGACAAACAACAACAUACAAACUUCCCAAUCGAGUAGAUGGUACUGGAUUUGUGGUUUAUGAUGGUGCUGUCUUUUUUAAUAAAGAAAGAACAAGGAAUAUUGUGAAAUUUGACUUGAGGACUAGAAUUAAGAGUGGCGAGGCCAUAAUUAACUAUGCCAACUACCAUGAUACCUCACCUUAUAGAUGGGGAGGGAAGACUGAUAUUGACCUCGCAGUUGAUGAAAAUGGCUUGUGGGUCAUUUAUGCUACUGAGCAGAACAAUGGAAUGAUAGUCAUUAGCCAACUGAACCCAUACACUCUUCGAUUUGAAGCAACAUGGGAAACUGUCUACGACAAACGUGCUGCGUCAAAUGCUUUUAUGAUAUGUGGAGUCCUUUACGUGGUCAGGUCAGUUUAUCAAGACAAUGAAAGUGAAACAGGGAAGAAUGCAAUUGAUUACAUUUAUAACACUCGAUUAAACAAAGGAGAAUUUGUAGAUGUUCCUUUCCCCAACCAGUACCAGUAUAUUGCUGCAGUGGAUUACAAUCCAAGAGAUAACCAACUGUAUGUGUGGAACAAUAACUUCAUCUUACGAUACUCUCUGGAAUUUGGUCCACCUGAUCCUGCCCAAGUGCCUACCACAGCUGUGACAAUAACUUCUUCAGCUGAGCUGUUCAAAACCACAGUGUCAACCACCAGUACUACUUCACAGAAAGGCCCCAUGAGCACAACUGUAGCUGGAUCACAGGAAGGAAGCAAAGGGACAAAACCACCUCCAGCAGUUUCUACAACCAAAAUUCCUCCUGUAACAAAUAUUUUUCCCCUGCCAGAGAGAUUCUGCGAAGCAUUAGACGCGAGGGGGAUAAGGUGGCCUCAGACACAAAGGGGAAUGAUGGUUGAACGACCAUGUCCCAAGGGAACAAGAGGAACUGCCUCGUAUCUCUGCAUGGUUUCUACUGGAACAUGGAACCCUAAGGGCCCGGAUCUUAGCAACUGUACCUCACACUGGGUGAAUCAGCUGGCUCAGAAGAUCAGGAGUGGGGAAAAUGCUGCUAGUCUUGCCAAUGAACUAGCUAAACAUACCAAAGGGCCAGUGUUUGCUGGGGAUGUGAGCUCUUCUGUGAGGCUGAUGGAGCAGUUGGUGGACAUCCUGGAUGCACAGCUGCAGGAACUGAAGCCCAGUGAGAAGGACUCAGCUGGACGGAGUUAUAACAAGCUCCAAAAACGAGAGAAGACAUGCAGGGCUUACCUUAAGGCAAUUGUUGACACGGUGGACAACCUUUUGAGACCAGAAGCUUUGGAAUCAUGGAAACAUAUGAAUUCUUCUGAACAAGCACAUACUGCAACCAUGUUACUUGAUACACUGGAAGAAGGAGCUUUUGUCCUGGCUGACAAUCUCUUAGAACCAACAAGGGUCUCAAUGCCCACAGAGAACAUUGUUCUGGAAGUUGCAGUACUCAGUACUGAAGGACAGGUCCAAGACUUUAAAUUUCCUCUGGGCAUCAAAGGUGCAGGCAGCUCAAUUCAGCUCUCUGCAAAUACCGUCAAACAGAACAGCAGGAAUGGACUUGCCAAACUGGUGUUCAUAAUUUACCGGAGUCUGGGACAGUUCCUUAGUACAGAAAAUGCGACCAUAAAACUGGGUGCUGACUUUAUUGGCCGAAAUAGCACAAUUGCAGUGAAUUCUCACGUGAUUUCAGUUUCAAUCAAUAAAGAGUCCAGCCGAGUAUUCCUGACCGAUCCUGUGCUUUUUACCCUGCCGCACAUUGAUCCUGACAAUUAUUUCAAUGCAAACUGCUCCUUCUGGAACUACUCAGAAAGAACUAUGAUGGGAUAUUGGUCUACCCAGGGCUGCAAGCUGGUUGACACUAAUAAAACCCGCACAACAUGUGCAUGCAGCCACCUAACCAAUUUUGCAAUUCUCAUGGCCCACAGGGAAAUUGCAUAUAAAGAUGGAGUUCAUGAAUUACUUCUUACAGUCAUCACCUGGGUGGGGAUCGUCAUUUCCCUCGUUUGCCUGGCUAUCUGCAUCUUCACCUUUUGCUUUUUCCGUGGCUUGCAAAGUGACCGCAAUACUAUUCACAAGAACCUUUGUAUCAAUCUUUUCAUUGCUGAGUUUAUUUUCCUAAUAGGCAUUGAUAAAACAAAGUACACGAUUGCAUGCCCAAUAUUUGCAGGACUUUUACACUUUUUCUUCUUGGCGGCAUUUGCUUGGAUGUGCCUGGAAGGUGUGCAGCUCUAUCUGAUGUUAGUUGAAGUUUUUGAAAGUGAAUAUUCAAGGAAGAAAUAUUACUAUGUAGCUGGCUACUUGUUUCCUGCCACAGUGGUUGGAGUUUCAGCUGCUAUUGACUAUAAGAGCUAUGGAACAGAAAAAGCCUGCUGGCUUCAUGUUGACAAUUAUUUUAUAUGGAGUUUCAUUGGACCCGUUACCUUCAUUAUUUUGUUAAAUAUCAUCUUCCUGGUGAUCACUUUGUGCAAAAUGGUGAAGCAUUCAAAUACCUUGAAACCAGAUUCUAGCAGGUUGGAAAACAUUAAGUCUUGGGUGCUUGGCGCUUUCGCUCUUCUGUGUCUUCUUGGCCUAACCUGGUCAUUUGGGUUGCUUUUUAUUAAUGAGGAGACUAUUGCGAUGGCAUAUCUCUUCACGAUCUUUAAUGCCUUCCAGGGAGUGUUCAUUUUCAUCUUUCACUGUGCUCUCCAAAAGAAAGUGCGAAAAGAAUAUGGCAAGUGCUUCAGACACUCGUAUUGCUGUGGUGGCCUCCCAACCGAGAGCCCCCACAGUUCGGUGAAAGCGUCAACCACCAGAACCAGUGCUCGCUAUUCCUCUGGCACACAGAGUCGUAUAAGAAGGAUGUGGAAUGACACUGUGAGAAAACAGUCUGAAUCUUCUUUUAUCUCAGGUGACAUCAAUAGCACUUCAACACUUAAUCAAGGAAUGACUGGCAAUUACCUACUAACAAACCCUCUUCUUCGACCCCACGGCACUAACAACCCCUAUAACACAUUGCUCGCUGAAACAGUUGUAUGUAACGCCCCUUCAGCUCCUGCAUUUAACUCACCAGGACAUUCACUGAACAAUGCCAGGGAUACAAGUGCCAUGGAUACUCUACCGCUAAAUGGUAAUUUUAACAACAGCUACUCACUGCGCAAGGGGGACUAUAAUGACAGUGUGCAAGUCGUGGACUGUGGACUAAAUCUGAAUGAUACUGCUUUUGAGAAAAUGAUCAUUUCAGAACUAGUCCACAACAACUUACGGGGCAGCAGCAAGACUCACAACCUCGAGCUCACCCUCCCUGUCAAACCUGGGAUCGGAGGCAGCAGCAGCGAAGAUGAUGCUAUUGUGGCAGACGCCGCGUCUCUGAUGCAUGGCGACAACCCAGGACUGGAGCUCCAUCACAAGGAACUCGAGGCGCCACUCAUCCCUCAGCGGACUCACUCCCUCCUCUACCAACCCCAGAAGAAGAUGAAGCCAGAGGGCACUGACAGCUACGUGUCCCAGCUGACUGCAGAGGCCGAGGACCAUCUGCAGUCCCCCAACAGGGACUCUCUGUACACGAGCAUGCCCAAUCUCAGAGACUCCCCCUACCAGGAGAGCAGCCCCGACAUGGAAGAAGACCUCUCUCCCUCCCGGAGGAGUGAGAACGAGGACAUUUACUAUAAAAGCAUGCCAAAUCUAGGAGCUGGCCAUCAGCUUCAAAUGUGCUACCAGAUCAGCAGAGGCAAUAGCGAUGGUUACAUAAUCCCCAUUAACAAAGAAGGGUGUAUCCCAGAAGGAGACGUUAGAGAAGGACAGAUGCAGCUGGUGACGAGCCUCUAAUAGUACAGCUAAGAAAUGCCACGGCCGCAGUCAAGUAUUAACUAAGCAAAGACAGACUCCAGUGGCCUCGCGCAGCUCCCUCAGACACACGGCUUUGUGGACCUGUGGUUCUUCAGUGUAAAAAAAAAAAAAAAAAGGUGACUGAACCUUGCAGUUCUGUGAAUUUUUAUAAAACGGACAAAAACUUUGUAUAUACACAGAGUAUACUAAAAUGAGUUAUUUGUUACAGAGAAAAGAGAUGCCUACCAGGUAUUUUAAGAUUCUGCUGCUGUUUAGAGAAAUUGUGAAACAAGCAAAACAAAACUGUCCAGCCAUUUUACUGCAGCAGUUUGUGAACUAAAUUUGUAAAUAUGGCUGCACCAUUUUUGUAGGCCUGCAUUGUAUUAUAUACAAGACGUAGGCUUUAAAAUCCUGUGGGACAAAUUUACUGUACCUUAUUGUUCCUGACAAGACUUGGAAAAGCAGGAGAGAUAUUCUGCAUCAGUUUGCAGUUCGCUGCAAAUCUUUUACAUUAAGGCAAAGAUUGAAAACAUGUUUAACCACUAGCAAUCAAGCCACAGGCCUUAUUUCAUACGUUUCCUCAACUGUACAAUGAACUAUUCUCAUGAAAAAUGGCUAAAGAAAUUAUAUUUUGUUCUAUUGCUAGGGUAAAAUAAAUACCUUUGUGUCCAACUGAAAUAUAAUUGUCAUUAAAAUAAUUUUAAAGAGUUUGAAGAAACUAUUGUGAAAAGCUUUUGGUUGCACAUGUUAUAAAAUGUUUUUCCUUACACUUUGUCAUGGUAAGUUCUACCCAUUUUCACUUACUUUCCACUGUAUACGGUGUUCUGCUUUGACUAGUCCUUCUUCUCACAUUUAAAUUUCUUAUUGCCAAAACAACGUGUUUUAGGGGGAGAAAACUCUACGAAGCCAGUCAUGCUAUGCCUUGCACAAAUGUGGUGAAAUCUAGAAAAGGUUGUGUGUCACCCACUGUUUAUUCUGGAACAGAGGGCAAAGAGGGCAUGGGGCACUUCUCACAAACUUUCUAGUGAACAAAAGGUGCCUAUUCUUUUUUAAAAAAUAAAA